CCGACACACGCCAUGACGUCUUCGUUGCCACCGCUCCUGAAACAAGACCGAGACCGCAUCGCGACGAUGGCCCUGGCCGCUGGUCACGAGCUGAUCCGAUACAGCCACGUGCGCAGCUCGAACGAGUGCGUCGAGUGGACGCCUCUCCGUCGACACGGCGACGUUGACCUGUACCAAGGCGCGACGUCGCCGCAGAAACGAGUGCCGACCAUCGGGCUCUUUUGCGGGGUCACCCACGUGUACGCGUCCCUGGACGAAGUGAUUGCCCUCAACAACAACCACGCGCCAAUUGACAAAUCCAACCACUUUAGCCUCGUCGUGGUGCCCUUGUACACGAUUGCUCCCGAGCUGCCACCGACCCCGUCGCCCGUCGAAGGGCUGUCGAUAGAGCGUCUUGUUGUGCAGUACGUUCGAUUCAACAGCAUCCUGAAGCAUGUCAUCCGUCGACGAGAUAGCUUCGUCCUUGAGUGCGACAUUGCAUUCGACGCAGGAGGUGGCAAGCGAGGCUGGCUGCGUGUAAACAAGUCCCUGGAGCUGCCCCAACUGCACAACUUUGACGGAUGCAUGUGCUCAAACGUGCGGAUGGACCUGAGGCCUUCGGGCCACGUGUACACAGAGUGUGGGAGUUCAUUCCCGCGAAUGCCAGGGACGACGCUCCGCGUUACGACCAUGCACCACUGCGAUUUUGGAGGACAUGUCCCUGAAUGGGUCGUCGCGUCGGCGCUGAAGCAGCGGUGCCGCGACCACGUCGGGCGAUUGGAUCGGUAUCUUCGCGAGGCGCGGCUCAGUCACGGGCCGUGGGUUCAGGUCGAGCACUGUGUCCCAAUGCAUUCCAAGCGAGCAUGUUUUCGAUGCCACAAAAAAUUUGGCCUCGUUACCAACACGCGUGCCCACUGUCGGAAAUGCGGACAGGUCGUGUGUUCGAACUGCAUCCGCACAUGGACUGUGCAGGUUCACGGAGCCACGCAGGCGAUGCCAGCAUGCUCUGUGUGCUCUGUCCGGUCGCAGUCGGCCGUUUGCACAACCAGUCCAGCGUGCACCAUGGAAUAUACCGAUUCCUACGCGAAUCGAAGCAUAUCCAGCUACAGCCGCACCGACACCUUUUGCUCCAACAAGGUCGGCACCCCCAUGGAGAGCUGCCUCUGCUUUGAUAUUUGCACGCCGUCCUGAAAAGACCAGUGUAACAUGGCUGCCGUUGGGAAUUGCGCAAGCUGGCGUGCACGAGAUAUGCGCCGAAAUAGAUGUUCCGUCUGUGUGGAAACUCGGGUGCUGAAAUAUCAAAUAUCAGCAAAUUGUCCAUUUUGACGAUUCUACGUUUUAUUGUUAAACGUCUUGAGAAUUGAGAUUUACAGUGAGCGAAA